UUGUCCUUCCCAAAGCUUGGGCGGAUGGAGGAGGAGGCUGCGAGGAAGAGGAAGAUGCCUUGGGCCCCCCAGGCAGGCCCCGAGCUGAGGACGGAGAGCCCGGAGGACAAAUCCCCCCAUGAGACCCUGGUGGGAGAGGCCGUUUUGAAGGGCUCCCCGGCGCAGGAAGGCAGCGGGGAGGAAAAGGGCCGGAGAUCCUCCCGCAGGAGGGGCUCCAAAGCCAGCCCAGGGUGCUGUGAGGAGGAAAGACCCAGCCUGUGCCAGGAAGGCGGCCAGAGCUUGAGCCAGAGCUCGGACCUGGUGGUCCCUGAGCAGCCUCCCAGCAGGGAGAAGCGCUUCAGGUGCUUGGAGUGUGGGAAGAGCUUCAGGAAGAGCUCCCACCUGCUCUGA